AUGGAGACGCUUCCACUGACAAAAAGACGAGAGGAGCUGGAAGUCGCUAAAAUGAAAAUGUUAGGAGUGACGAAAAUGGUCAAAGUGAAAAAUAAAUACAUGAGAGGGAUGAUGCAUGUGCGUAAGUUUAGUCCCAAGGCUAGAGAGGCAAGAUUCAGGUGGUCUGAGCACGUCAAGAGGAGGGACGAGGAACACGCGGGGAAGAGGAUGCUCGAAAUGGAACUGACAGGAAAGGGAAAGAGAGGAAGGCCGAAGAGAAGGUUAAUGAACGAAGUCAAGGUAGACAUCCAGACGGUGGAUGUGAAUGAAGCGAGCGCACACGAGAAGGAAGAUCCGUAG